UUUUCAAGAUGACUCGAGUUCUUUUCGGUGUCAAAUCAAGCCCCUUCCUCCUUGCAGCUACAAUCCAAUACCAUCUAAAGAGAUGGUCUCUCAUCCAGUCUCUUAGAUCCAAAUUUUGGAAAAGAUGGAGUCAAGAAUAUCUCAACUCCUUGCAGUCUCGAGCUAAAUGGAAACUACCUGAACUGUACAUCAAACCCGGACAGCUGGUACUCCUGAAGGAUAAUAGCAAGAGCCCCAUGGAAUGGAACUUGGCCCGAAUUGAAAGGACAUAUCCUGGAACAGAUGGACUAGUCCGUGUCGCAGACAUCAGAACCCCUAAAGGAAUUUUUCGGCGAAGUAUCAACAGACUCUGCCCACUCCCUUUCGAAGAAGGUGUUGGACAACUGUCCAACGGGGGCCGGGAUGUUCCGUCUUAGAGACGCCUUUCCCCUAUUCCAGUUGUAGU